AUGAGUCAAUAUAAUCUUACAUUCUUCCUGAUACCGGUUCUGAAUCUGCGUGUGGAUCCACCAUUCUACUUAUUUACAUGCCUGAUGGAGCCCGGCGACAGUCAGACCAGCGACAAUCCGCGCAAGAAUCUGUUCGACUAUACGAAUGUGGUAACAUUCGCAGCCGGCACAGGAAGUAACCGCCAGUUCUUUUCGUUCGAUGAACCACGACUCUGCCAUGAAUCUACAUACUUCGAGGACCGGCUGCAUGGAGACUGCCCCGAGGCAAGGACCCGACAUUUCGAUUUCGCAGACGUCGACCCUGCCGUCCUUGCGUGCAUGCUGAGCUGGUACCGAGGCUGGAAUUGCGUCUGCUGCGAUGAAGACGGCGAACAUAUCAAGGAGACGUACUUAUUGGCCGAGAGAUGUGGUAUUCCCCGGCUCAAAGAACAUCUGGCCAACAAAAUGCAAGAACGGACCAGCACUACGGAUAUGGGAAAGGCGCAAGAUGAUUCCCCAUUGAGGCUUUGCGGAGGUGAUCAGAGGAAGGUUCCUGCCAGCGACCCCAGUCCACUACCUUCGCAGUCCGAGAUCAAAGGUAGCGAAGAGCGAGACAACCGACCUCACUCUCCAUCCGGUCAGGGAAAGAAAGUUUCUUGA